UUUGGUUCGGUGCGGUUCGUUUUCGGUUGCAUCCCCACGGCGCAGCCCACCCAUCAGCCAAUUCGAGUCCCAUCGAGAGAGAGAGAGAGAAAGGGGGGGGGAAGGGGAAAUGGGGAGGAGAAGGUGAAAGAGGAGGCUUUGCAGAUGAUGGCGAUGUUCCAGGUGCUGCCCAGGCUCGUCGUCUUCGAUCUCGAUUACACCCUCUGGCCCUUCUACUGCGAAUGUCGCUCCAAACGUGAAAUGCCUUCUCUUUACCCUCACGCUAAAGGUAUUCUUUAUGCCCUGAAAGACAAGGGAAUCGAUGUUGCCAUUGCUUCCAGAUCGCCAACUCCAGAUAUAGCCAAGACUUUUCUGGAGAAACUUAGCUUGAAGUCGAUGUUUGUUGCCCAGGAGAUUUUCUCUAGCUGGUCACACAAGACUGAGCAUUUUCAGAGAAUUCAUUCAAGGACAGGGGUGCCAUUCAACUCAAUGCUUUUCUUUGACGAUGAGGAUAGGAAUAUUGAAGCGGUUUCAAAAAUGGGAGUAACAAGUAUUUUGGUCGGUAAUGGUGUAAACCUUGGAGCAUUCAGACAAGGGCUAGCAAAAUUCUCUGAGAAUUUUAACACAGUUGAGAAGAAUAAGCAGAGAUGGCGCACAAAGUUCACCAAAGAUGGAGAUUCAUCUGAGAAGAAGUGACGGAAUUGAAUGUAAGGUCCUGUGUGGAUGGACUCUAUCUAAAAGGUACCAAAAUGGUGACAAAUUAUACUCUGCAACUGCAUUGCAUUGUAAGCUACAAUAUUCCUUUUACCGAUAGAAUAGACAAAACUGUGGGUUAUAUACCCUAUUGAUUACAUUAGAUGGAAGUUUCCUCCUCCAACAGAGAGUUGAAAGUUGCAUAUUGAAUAGAGGACUACUCGGGUGUGGAUUUCCAUUGAUUACUAAGAAUGUUGAAGUGCAAAUGACAGUAAAGUCUUCUGAGUUUCUCCAAAA